GCCGAGAUGAAGUUAGGUUUCAGAACCAUCGCGUCGCUGCAGGAGGAGACAUGGUGCUGCUGUACUGUUGGGGAGACAGCUCCAGUGGACAGUUCGGUCCACAGACAGCCCUCACCCCGCUCCCCUGGACUGUCCCGGGGGAUAUAACUGACAUCUGCUGCGGGGAACAGCACACCUUAUUCCUCACAGGGGAUGGAGGCGUCUUCUCGUGUGGACACAACUCCCGGGGACAACUUGGACGACAGACACCCCGAGAUGGAAAGACACCAGGUCCGGUGGAGGGGCUGCGUGAUGUGGUGAUGGUGGCGUGUGGUCAGGACCACUCUCUGGCCGUGUGUGCGUCUGGACACGUGUUCUCCUGGGGGGCUGCAGAGGAGGGACGACUGGGGAUGGUUCCGAAUCCGCAUUGCAACGAUCUCAGACCAAGGCGGGUGCCCAUACCUCUGUCGAUACCAGUGAUUCAAGUUGCCUGUGGAAACGCCCACUCUCUGGCAUUGACUAAAGGAGGAGAUGUCCUGUCAUGGGGUUCGAACAGUCACGGUCAGCUGGGUCUGGGGAAGGAGGUGUUACAGCAGUACACGCCUGUCCUGGUGUGCGCUCUGUCCGGCGUAGCGGUGACCCAGAUUGCUGCCGGGGCGACCCACUCUCUGUUCCUCACGCUCCCAGGCUUGGUAUACUGCUGUGGGGCCAACAAGUCAGGCCAGCUGGGGCUCAACAGGGUGGAUGAGAAAGGCAGGUAUAACAUCUGUAUGGUCCCGGCCCUCAGACCUCUGGGUGUCUCCUUCAUCAGCUGUGGAGAAUCACACUCUGCUGUGUUAACAAAGGAUGGUAAGGUGUACACCUUUGGAGAGGGAAGCCACGGGCAGCUCGGUCACAGCUCCUCUAAUAAUGAAACGGGACCCAGACUGGUCGACGUUCUGGAUGGACCUGCCUCACAGAUCGCUUGCGGCCGGAGUCACACUCUGGUUCUGGGCUCCUCUGGCCAGUUGUGGGCUUUUGGUAAAGGGGGCAAAGGUCAAAUUGGGACUGGACGACCAGAGGACAGUCUGAGUCCCACUCUUGCUCUACUUCCAUGGACUGCUGACAGUGCAACAGCCACACCCAAAGACUUGAAAAUAUCAGCUGGGUGGAAUACAAACUUCACUUACUCGUCACCUGCACAGAACGUGGAUCGUGGACAGAUUACUGGACGACUCGGUGAGACAAAACUGCAAAGAUGGCUGUCGAUGGAACAUGGCAAUGCAGAGGCGAAAAGAGAAAUCACUUCAAUGUUUUGCACAAGUUCGAGUCUUGUGGCAAGUUUCACAAAGACCAAUGAGUCUUCGUUAGAAGCGGGUGACCUGACUGUGGACCUGGAGGCUGCGAGCCGAGCUUUUGACCAGCUGUUGGAAAUACAGUGGAUCAAACAAGCAGCGAACCUAGACCUCCUGUUGGAUUUGCUUGCAGGUUCGAUGUUUGCUCUAAAAUCUCCGGAGAUCCUGCUGGUUCUUCCGACCUGCCCCCUGCUCCAGGAGGACUCCCGCGUCAUGAAGGGGGUUUUGCCUCUGGCUGUCAUUAUUGGAAAUCUGAAGGAGAGACCUCUGAAAGCGCUAAGAGGCUGGUGGGCUUCGCUGACACCCGUCAUACUGAUGAAGCACAUCUUGACCUUCAAGAUGGCCCUGGCCUUCAUGCUAAAAAAUUCCCUCUUGGAAACUCAUAACCCAGGAGUCAAAUACCUGAUGAACGUCCUCAAACUACUGUACAAGGCCAACAAAGCUGGAAAGCAACACAAAGUCCCUUUGAGCACAUUCUACGUCGAGGAAAUCAAGGGUAAUGUGCAGCCAUUUCAUGACGUCGCUCUUUGGAUGCAAUUUAUGAACACGGAGGAGGAUGUUAACACACCUGCCAUUUUCUGCCGCAACCCAUUCUUGUUACCUCUCGAUAGCAAGAUGGCGAUCUUUUACUUCCAUUCAUUCGUAAUGAAGAAAGUGCACGGUAUGUUUGAACAUGGGGAUUGGUCAUUGAUUGAUGAAUCAUCGCCAGAGCCCCCAACCCCGGGGGCCGCGGCCCCGGUCUUCCAGCUAACCUUGAGACGAAAUCACCUCGUGGAAGACACCUUCAGGCAGCUUACUUCAGCCGACCACUGCGCCUUCAAACGGGAGCUUUUGGUGCAAUUUAAGGAUGACAGAAAGGUGAUGGAUGUCAACAAAAGGGACUUCUUCCUCCACAUGUUUGAUGAGCUCACCGCUGCUGAGUCUGAAAUGUUCAUGUACAAUGAGAGUGAGACUCUGGCCUGGUUCCCUCCCAGGCCAAAAUUGGAGCAGAAGCGUUACUUCCUGUUCGGCGUCCUGUGUGGCAUGGCUCUUUACCACCACAACAUGGUCCACCUGCCCUUCCCGCUGGUUCUCUUUAAGAAGCUGGUCAGUGUCCAACCCUCAAUAGACGACCUGAAGGAGUUUGACCCGGUCGUGGCAGAGUCGUGCCGGUUCAUGUUGGACUACCCUCCAGAUAAAGUCAGAGAAAUGGACAUUAAUUUCACUGUGAGCUGGGGCGGUGAGAAAGUCGAGCUUGAUCCAAAAGAACCUGGAAAACUUGUCACUGGGUCAAACAGGAAAGAGUACGUCGACGCCUUGGUCAACUACGCGUUCAACACAUCGGUGGAGGGCGUGUUCGGAGCGUUCAGGACAGGGUUUUUCAAAGUGUGUGACAGGGACGUGGUGGACUUCUUCCAGCCGGAGGAGUUACAAGCAGUGAUGGUGGGCCAGGAGGACUACGACUGGCAGGUGUUCAAGCAGAAUACGGUUUAUGAUGGAGAAUACCAUGCCGGACAUCAGAACAUCAUUACCUUCUGGGUGGUGUUUGAGAAACUGACAGCAGAGGAAAAGAAAAAAUUCCUUUUGUUCCUCACAGGCUGCGACCGUGUCCCCUUCCUGGGUAUGGAGAGCAUCAAGAUGAGAGUUGCCAUCUUGCCCAAUGCCUCUGAAAUCCACUUGCCAGAAUCCCUCACCUGUCACUAUCUGCUGUUACUGCCCAACUACCAGAGAUACCCAAUGGAGAGGACGAUGCAGGCCAGGCUCCAUCAGGCCAUUAAUCACAACAGAGGCUUCUGGAAGAACGAAAACACCGACUAGAUUUCGUUAGUUACGAUGGUUUAUUUUCACUUAGCAUGGGGCUUUUUUUCCCCACUACUGCUUUAGUGUCAUAACUUCUAUCCUUUUUAAGAAAUGUUGGAACAUAAGGGAAGUAGGCCGACAGGUAAUGUGAAGUUAUUUGGUAGUAUGACAGAUUGGGGAGUAAUAACAAUGUAGUUGUCAUUAUAAUCCUGCCUGUAUUCGUUGUUUGUUUAUUCCAUUUCUCUUGUUGAUGGUUGAUGCCACAUACACAUGUUAAAUGGUGAAUCCUUGUUUGAUUCUUUUUUUCCUUUCCUAAAUAUAAAACCAGCAGUUGUUGGAUCACUUUCAUUGCUUUCAGUCACUGCUGCAGCUCAAGCUUUAAGUCCUCUCCAUGUUCAGGUUAAAAAGGGUUCAAGCUAAAGUUAUCAAAUAAUUGACGUUUGUGUGUUUAGCUUUAAAAUGUAUACAAUUCAUAAAAUUGUUUAUCUUUCUGCCAUUUAUUCCUGUAUAACCAAACAAUAAAGUUCUAUAAUUGCG